AUGCGACUUGAAGCUCGUAUCUAUGAGACGAUCGGUCCUCAUCCUCGUCUACCAAGAAUCAUCUCUUGGGAACCAGAGACCUGCUGUCUUACUAUGGGAUAUCUUGAAAAUGGCAGUUUAAAGGAGUAUAUCAAAGAAAACCCUAAGAGCGUGACCCCCCAACUCCGGCAGCGAUGCGCGAAGCAAGCAACUGAAGGGUUAAAAGUCCUACAUUCUGCUAGUGUUAUUCACUGUGAUAUUUCACCGCGGAACUUCCUGCUAGAUUGCGAUCUCCAUUUAAGGAUUGCAGAUUUCGGAGGGGCAUCUCUUUCUGGCUCCCCGCCUUCCGCAGUCGCCGGCACAAGAUUUCGAUAUCCCGUUUCGGACUGGGAUGCGCCUCCUAGUGUUGAAGAAGAUAUAUUUGGCCUUGGCUCAUUGAUCUACUUUAUUAUGACGGGCACAUAUCCCUACCAAGAAAUCCCCAGUGACGAGGUCGAGAAACUAUACGAAUCCCACACAUUCCCAAGUCUGGCGCAUCUUGCUUGUGGGGAUAUUAUUCAACGCUGCUGGAGUAAGCAAGUGAACGCAGCUGAAGUGCUCACUUACUUCGAGGCUCUUGACGAACCGUAA